GCGGCGGCGGCCGGGGAGCAGACAUGGCGGCCGACCUGAACCUGGAGUGGAUCUGCUCGCUGCCGCGCUCCUGGACGUACGGGAUCACUAGGGGCGGCCGCGUUUUCUUCAUCAACGAGGAGGCCAAGAGCACCACCUGGCUGCACCCGGUCACCGGCGAGGCCGUGGUCACCGGGCACCGGCGGCAGAGCACAGAUUUGCCCACUGGCUGGGAAGAAGCAUAUACGUUUGAAGGUGCAAGAUACUAUAUAAACCACAAUGAAAGGAAAGUGACCUGCAAGCAUCCAGUCACAGGACAGCCAUCCCAGGACAAUUGUAUCUUUGUUGUGAAUGAUCAGACUGUUGCAACCAUGACGUCCGAAGAAAAGAAGGAGCGACCCAUAAGUAUGAUAAAUGAAGCUUCCAAUUACAACAUGGCUUCAGACUAUACGGUGCAUCCCAUGAGCCCUGUGGGCAGGACAUCACGGGCCUCCAAAAAGGUUCAUAAUUUUGGAAAAAGAUCCAAUUCAAUUAAAAGGAACCCCAAUGCCCCUGUGGUCAGGCGUGGCUGGCUGUACAAACAGGACAGUACCGGCAUGAAGCUGUGGAAGAAACGCUGGUUUGUGCUUUCUGACCUUUGCCUUUUUUAUUACAGAGAUGAGAAGGAGGAGGGUAUCUUGGGAAGCAUCCUGCUGCCUAGUUUUCAGAUAGCCAUGCUUACUGCUGAGGACCACAUCAAUCGCAAAUAUGCUUUUAAGGCAGCCCACCCAAACAUGCGGACCUAUUAUUUCUGCACCGAUACAGGAAAAGAGAUGGAGCUGUGGAUGAAGGCCAUGCUAGAUGCUGCUCUGGUGCAGACAGAACCUGUGAAAAGAGUGGACAAGAUUACAACUGAAAGUACAUCAACUAAAGAAACCAAUAACAUUCCCAACCACAGAGUUCUCAUUAGACCUGAGGUCCAAAACAAUCAGAAGAAUAAGGAAAUAAGCAAAAUUGAAGAAAAAAGGGCCUUAGAAGCUGAAAGAUACGGAUUUCAGAAGGAUGGGCAAGAUAGACCAUUAACAAAAAUUAACAGUGUAAAGUUGAACUCCCUGCCAUCAGAAUAUGAAAGUGGGCCUGCCUGCCCACCUCAAAAUGUGCACUACAGACCCAUCAAUGUGAAUAGUUCUGACGGCAAAGCAGUGAAUGUCAGCUUGGCAGAUGUCCGGGGCGGGAGUCACCCAAAUGCAGGGCCCCUAGCCACAGAGGCUGAUCGAGUCAUUCAGAGAACGAAUUCAAUGCAACAGCUGGAACAGUGGAUUAAAGUCCAGAAAGGACGGGGUCUUGAAGAAGAGCCCAGAGGAAUAAUUUCUUAUCAAACAUUGCCAAGAAAUAUGCCAAGCCACCGAGCACAGAUUCUGGCCCGCUACCCUGAAGGUUACCGAACACUCCCAAGAAACAGCAAGACCAGACCUGAGAGUAUCUGCAGUGUCACCCCUUCUGGUCAUGAGAAGACAGGGCCUGGAGCAGAAGAGAAGCGGCGGUCCAUGAGAGAUGACACCAUGUGGCAACUGUAUGAGUGGCAGCAGCGCCAGUUUUACCACAAGCAGAGCACCCUCCCUCGGCACAGCUGCCUGAGCAGCCCAAAAGCCAUGGUGAAGGUGUCAGACCAGACAAUGCACUCCAUCUCCACAUCACCUUCCCAUGGCUCAGCCACUGCUUACCAGGGCUUCUCCCCUCAGCGGACAUACAGGUCAGAAGUGUCCUCACCAAUCCAGAGAGGAGAUGUGACGAUAGACCGCAGGCACAGGCCUCAUCACCCUAAGCAUGUCUAUGUACCUGACAGAAGGUCAAUGCCAGCUGCCUUAACUUUACAGGCUGUGAGUCCUCAGAGCCUCCAAGGCAGAACGCUGUCACAAGAUGAAUGUAGAGGCACAUUAUACAAAUACAGAUCUGAAGAAGUAGAUAUUGAUGCCAAAUUAAGCAGAUUGUGUGAACAGGAUAAAGUGGUCCGUGCCCUGGAGGAGAAGCUGCAGCAGCUGCACAAGGAGAAAUACACGCUUGAGCAAGCCUUGCUGUCAGCCAGCCAAGAGAUAGAGAUGAAUGCAGAUAACCCAGCUGCCAUUCAAACUGUGGUGUUGCAGAGGGAUGACCUGCAGAAUGGACUGCUGAGCACGUGCCGCGAACUCUCCCGAGCCACUGCUGAGCUGGAACGAGCCUGGAGAGAAUAUGACAAGUUAGAAUACGAUGUGACUGUUACCAGGAACCAGAUGCAGGAUCAGCUUGAUCGCCUUGGGGAAGUGCAGAGUGAGUCGGCAGGAAUUCAGCGGGCACAGAUUCAAAAAGAACUCUGGAGAAUUCAAGAUGUCAUGGAGGGGUUGAGCAAACACAAACAGCAAAGAGGCUCUUCAGAAACAGGUCUGGCAGGAUCAAAGCCUUUCUCAUCAGUUAAGUACAAAAGCGAGGAAGAGGAAGUAGUCCCACCUCGGCCUCCACUUCCUCGGUCUUAUGACUUUACAGAGCAGCCUCCCAUAAUCCCCCCUCUGCCCAGUGAUAGCAGCUCCUUGCUCUGUUAUAGCAGGGGCCCCGUGCAUCUGCCUGAAGAAAAGAAGAUUCAUCAAGUUCAAGGAUAUCCAAGAAAUGGAUCUCACUGUGGUCCAGAUUAUAGACUCUACAAGAGUGAGCCAGAGUUGACCACAGUGGCAGAAGUUGAUGAAUCUAAUGGCGAAGAAAAAUCAGAGCCAGUUUCUGAGACAGAAGCUCCCGUUGUUAAAGGUUCCCACUUUCCAGUCAGUGUGCCUCUGAGAAUGAACUCACCCACGCCCGAGUCCUCGACGAUAGCUUCCUAUGUGACCUUGAGGAAGACUAAGAAGAUGGUGGAGCUAAGAACGGAAAGACCGAGAAGUGCCGUGGAGCAGCUGUGUCUGGCCGAGAGCACACGGCCGAGGAUGACUGUGGAGGAGCAGCUGGAGAGAAUCAGGAGGCACCAGCAGGCCUGCCUGAGGGAGAGGAAGAAGGGGCUGAGUGUCCUCAGUGCUUGCGACCCGUCUCCCUCACAGAGUCCUUCGGAUGUGAGGGACAGCCCUUUCAGGGUCACUCAGACCCUAAGGAGGGAUGAUAACGUAAAGGAGCUCGACGCCAUCCCCGUCCACGGAGAAAGUGAUGUAAAGCCAGACGGUGAAACUCCAGCAGCAGAAGCUGCUCACCUACGAGAAGCUGGACCCCAAAAUGCAGACGUCAGCAGAAAGCUAAAAAGAACUGAAAGUAUUUUUUAUGAAAUGCUUUACACACCUGAACCAAAUGGAGUGACUUCUGAGGAAGUGAUGGAGAAGGAAAGGCAUAAAGAGCAGGUGCCUGCAGAUGGGUCAUGCAGCCCUCAGGAAGAGGCGGCCAUGACAAACCAUCAAGCGGAAGGCCCCCCUGAAGAAGCAGAGAGUCUCCAUGAAGAGGAAGAAACUCUUGCUUCCUAUGAGCCAGCUCCUGAGGUUCCUAGGGAGACUCAAAGCACAGUGAAAAGUCUGCCCCCGUCUCCUGACUCCUCCAUGGCAGCAGCUCCACCCAGUCCACCCCAGCUCACUGAAGGAUCGCACUUCAUGUGUGUGUAGUCUCAGAACUGCACUGACGUCUGUUGACAGCACACCAAGCUGAAGCUGUGGACCUCAGUGGUGUAAGAAGAUGUACAGUAUACCUUAAAUCUAUGAAAUUCAUAGUUCGGAUGCUUCUGACCACAGAGCAUCGUUUUAUCACCUUUGGAAAAUGUUUAUUCCAAAAUAGCUUUAAUGGCCCGUAUGUGCACUCCGUAGUGUCAAGGUCACUGUCCUCCGCGCUUGCUGCUAUGAGUUCAGAGCGUGUCAGUCAGGUGCUUUCUCCCGCGCACACUCGCGCACACUCCAUCAGAGCUUGCUUGUUGCAGUUCCCAGAUCUGGAUGCUUAGGUCUCAGUGGACUUGGGUUUCUUUUGCUUUUCAGUGAGGCUACACUUUCCUGUGAGGCUCGUUUGCUUCCUUUCUUUUCUCUUCCCAUUUUGGCUUCUGCAGUGCUUCGUUUGACACUUGAUUUGUAAAAAUUUUAUAUAAAUAUAUUUAAAAUGUGCCAUUUUCUCACUGCUAAGUGAAGUCUGUCCUGUUUUCAGCUCUGACCCCCUCCUCAGUCAACUGCACCGUCAGCAGUUCCUGCCAUGCUCCCAUCUGCUUCCACACAAGUGCUGUCGCUUAGCUUUUCUUUAAAAGCCAAACAAUUACAAGCGUAGGUAUUUUGAAGUACUGGACGUUUAUGUCGUUGGAAUAGAUGUGUACAGCAAUAAGCAGGCUUUUCGAUCCAGUACUUGGUCUGUGUACAGAUGUAAUUACGUCCAUUGUGUAGUGGUUACACAAUGAGCACAUGUAAUCAGGCUGCUUACUAUAGUUUAAUGCAAAUGUUCAUAGCUCAUUUCUUUUUUAUCAUGUUAAAUAAAUGUUGAUGUUCUUAAA